AUGCUCUCGGCGGUGGAGGCCCCGCCCCUUCCGCUCGGCCCACACGUGGGCACCGCCUCCUCCCGUUGCCCCGCGCGUGGGCUCGCUAUGGAGGCCGGAUGCUGGUUGUUCGGUUGCGAGUUCGAGGAUUCGGUGUUCGAAGAAAGGCCCGAGCGGCGGCCUGGGCCUCCAGUGUCCUACUGCGCCAAGCGCUGCGAGCCGCAGUGGUUUUGCGAAGAAACAGAGAGCAGUGAUGAUGUCGAGGCCCUGACUACCAAGAAGUUCAAAGGCGACCUGGCCUACAGACAAGGAGAGUAUCAGAAAGCACUGCAGGAGUAUUCCAGUAUCGCUGAGAAAUUGUCGCCUACCAAUUUUUCCAUGAAAAGGGACAUCCAGGAAGGCCAGGCUCGGUGUCUGGCUCACCUGGGGAGGCACCAGGAAGCCCUGGAGAUUGCUACCGAGCUGGAAAAUAAAGCGACCAACACAGACCAUUUAACCACUGUGCUGUACCUCCAGUUUGCUAUUUGCUCAAGUUUGCAGAACUUGGAGAAGACAAUUUUCUGCUUGCAGAAACUGAUUUCUUUGCAUCCUUUUAAUCCCUGGAACUGGGGCAAGUUGGCAGAGGCUUACCUGAGUCUGGGGCCAGCUCUCUCCACUUCACUUGCGUCAGCUCAGAAACAGAACAGUUUCACCUCAAGUGACGAGCCAGUCAAGUCCUCCUCUCCACACUCAGGACGAGGCUGUCUGCUGUGUUUGCCUGAAACCUUGCCUGCGAGCUCUGUGUUUCCUGUGGAAGCAAGGAGCAGUCACAGCCGGGAAAAUGAGGAUGCCCUUAAGAGCAUUCGACACUGCGUGGCGGGAGAGAGCGACGAAGCGCUGCCGGAGACUCGGAUGAAAGCCUGUGCAUCGUUUAUACGAACCAGGCUUUUGCUUCAACUCACCCAAUCGCAGCAAACAUCGUUUGCUUUGGAGAAGAACUUAAGGACGCAGCAGGAAAUCGAAGACAGAGUGAAAGGGUUUGGCUUCAAAGACGACACGUUGCUGUUGAUAGCUGAGGUUAUGGGAGAAGAUAUCGUCCCAGAAAAAAUAAAGGACGAGGUUCAUUCCGAGGUGAAGAGUGUUGGGCACGCGGCCCUGGCUGCCUUGGUGACGGCCUCCUCCCAAGAAUUUGAAGAAAGAUGGUUCAGAAGAAUCAGAGACCACUUCUGGCCCUUUGGAAAUCAGCUCGGUUCACAGACGCACGUCCUGGCUUCGUGCUCCUGCUGAAAAAGAAAGUGGAAAAUGGCUCGUACUGGGGUUGUCCUGUUCUGACAAGUACUGCACCUUCCACCUGCUACCCCUCAGCAGAUCGCUUUGGGAAAGUCUGAAAGGGCACUGAGCUCUUGUGGCCUUUUAAGACACUUGCUGUCCUGCAGCCAGCAGUGUGGGAAUCCACAUGGCCUGGAGAAAUUCUUCAGGAAGGACCUGGAAAGUUGUCUAAGAGGAAUGUGUCAGGACUACAAGGAGUCUGAGGUUUUGCCUCCUAGGAAGCUGACCGAUCCGCCUGCCAGUUUCCUGUGCGCUGGCAGAAGACAGCAGGCGUCUGUGUCGGAGACGGCGGAUUCUGUUGCUCAGGCCCAGCACCCCAGCAGUGGCUCCUGCUCCCAGGUCCCGGGAGGUGGGCACGUCGGGGCACAAAGGAGUGCCUGCCGUCCCAUGCAGCAGACGCGCUUUGCCGCCUCUGUGAUGUGGGUGCCGUGGGCUGCGUUCCAGGAGUGGAACCCUGACUUUAGGAAACCCAAGUCUUUUUUGAAAAAAAAAAAAAAAAAGAGAGAUUAAUUUAUUUGAAAAAGUUACAGAGCGAAGAGGAAGAGACAUACAGAGAGAGAGAAAGUUUCUAUCCGCUGGUUCACUCCCCCAAAUGGCUGUGAUGGCCAGGGCUGGGCCAGGCCAAAGCUAGGAGCCUGGAACUCCAUUGUGGCAGUGGAAGUGGAAUAUCCAGGACUCAAAUCAGUGCUCAUAUGCUGGUGUUACAGGGGACAGCUUAACCUGCUGUGCCACAAUGCCAGCCCCUCAAAUCUUUCACAAUGGCCAGUAAGCAUGCUGGCCCUUUGCUGUGUGUGUGUGUGUGGGGGGGCACUGUCUGCCUUAUUUUUUGAAAAAGUUCUUAUUUAUUUGAGGGAGAAACAAAGCUUUCAUUUGCUUGUUCACUGCCCAGAUGCCAGCAGUAGCCCCUGGAUGGGGCUGAAGCCAGGAGCCAGAAAUGCAAUCCAGGUUUCUCAUGUGGGUAGCAGAACUCAGAUGCCUGAGCCGCUGCCUCCCCUGGGUCUCCAUUAGCAGAGAGCUGGAGUCAGGACUGGAGGUGGUACGGAAGCCAGGGGCUCCUACGUGGAUCGUGAGCGUCUCAACCAUUAGGCCACACACCGGCCCGUGAUCUCCUUUUUUAAGGCUGUUUGCUGUCCGCACGUAGCUGAGAAGAGAGUCUGGAACAGAGAGCAUCGAGUGCCUUGCUUACAGGACACAGAGGCCCGGAGACCCAGGAGCAACGUGAUUGACACACGUCGCCGUUGGUCUCUGACACUGUCUCCAGUUACACAAGGGUAUUGCCGUACUCUGAUUUAUCUGGCACGUGACAGCUUGCUCUCUCUUUGUAAAGAUCUAUUUUAUGUAUUAGAGAGGGGGGUAGAUAGAUCUUCCAUUUGCUGGUUCACUCCCCAAAUGGCCACAAUGUCCAAGGCUGGGCCAGGCUGAAGCCAGGAGCUUCAUCUGGGUCUCCACAUGGAUGCAGGGGCCCAGGGACCCUGGCCACCCUCUGCUGCUUUCCCAGGUGCGUUAGCAGAGAGCUGAAUGGGAAGUGGAGCAGCCGGGACAUGAAUCAGCACCCAUAUGGGAUGCCGGCAUUGUAAGUGGCAGCUUAACCCACUGUGCUACAACACCGGCCCUAAGAAUUCUCUUACAAAAUAAUUUAAUGACACAUCAAGAACUCCAUCAGUUGCCAGAUUGCAUAAUUUUUUUUUUUUAAGAUUUAUUUAUUUGAAAGAGUUAACACAGAGAGAGGAGAGGCAAAGAGAGAGAUCUUCCAUCCACUGGUUCACUCCCCAGAUGGUCGCAAUGGCCGCAACUAUGCCAAUCCGAGGCCAGAAGCCAGGAGCUUCUUCCAGGUCUCCCACGUGGGUGCAGGGGCCCAAGGACUUGGGCCAUCUUCUACUGCUUUCCCAGGCCAUAGCAGAGAGCCGGAUCAGAAAUGGAGCAGCCGGGACUAGAACUGGCACCCAUAUGGGAUGCUGGCACUUCAGGCCAGGGCUUUAACCCACUGCGCCACAGCACCGGCCCUAAUCCUUCAUAAUUUUUAUAUUUAUUUGAAAGAGAUGAGCAGACGAGACAGAUUUUGCAUGCGCUGGUUCACUCCCCAAAUAGGCAAGAUGGCCUGGCUGAAGCCAGAGCCAGGAACUCCAUCCGGGUCUUGCACGUGGGUGUCAGGGGCCUGAGUACUUGGGGCAUCUGCGGCUUUCGCGGGUGCAUUCGUAGGGAGCUGGAUCAGAAGAAGAGCAGCCUGCACUGGAACCAGUGCUCCUGUGGAACGCAGGCGCCGCAGACGAUGGCCUAACCUGCUGCUGCACCACAGUGCUGGCCCUACAUAGUUCUUAGUUCAUCUUUCUCAGCAGAGGGAAGGGAAUGUGAGCCCUGGGCAAAACGUGACGUCCUCAGGAUUGCCCUUCCACACUCUUGCUCACUCCCGUCACUCCUCUCCAGUCUGGCAUGGGUGGGGUUGGGUUUCUGCUUUGACUACUCUCGCACUGAGUCUGAGCACAAGCAGCCAUCGCCAGUUCAGUCUUUCCUCUCUAGUGUGAAAAGAUUCUGUGCGAUGGGUAGACGUUUCAAUUUUAGGGACCACUGGACAUGAAAGCCCCUCGAGUGCCCAUUGCCUUCCGCCCAGUCAGUCAGUCAACGACCAUUGUUUACGGAGCUCCUGUUAUGUGCCAGGCUCCGAGUGGCUGCAGUGCGGGCUUGUGGUCUAGCUGUGGAUUGCCUUUCCUGGUACAGCUCUGGCCACUUGGAGCCCCCUGCCUCACUAACCCUUGCCUCUGUGCACAAACCCAGGCUUGGAACUGGAGACCGCCACCCAUCAUGCUCAUCUUUCAGGUGGCACCUGAUUUUGCUCCCCGGAAGUUUUCCUGGCCCAGGCAGGGUUAGUUUGCCCUCUUUGGGGCUCCCUUUUCCUGAUUGCCCUGCUGGCCUUGUCGCUCUGUGUUGUUGCAUCUUUGCUUGUUUUCCAUGAUGGAUUCUGAAUUUUGCAAAGCCA